CUUGACCAACGUGUCAUGAGUUUGAUAUUGUAUUGUAGCGUCCUAGAAUGUAGUAAUAAAUACAUGCUGGAAUAUCACAGUAUUGAUUAACAGAACAUGUGCUGCAUCAGUUGCUAUUAAUAGACCGAUUGGGGAAAACCCCAAGUUUCAGUUCUCCACCGAUGUUGAAGGCGCCAUAUUUGCUUAUAAUUGCGUUUGAGGAACUAUCUGCAUACCAAGAGUCACGCGGGUGGCCCAGUCGUCAAUGCCCAUGCAGAGUUUGUGUCCCUUUGUGCCUGAAACCUACGAUUGCGAGUUCCAAUCUCGGCUCGCCCUGUUUAACCAAAGUGAUAAGCAGGUACGCAGUGAUGGCAGCCCUUGUGGACCAAGACGCAUCCACAGCGGGAACAGAAGGAACACACGAGUCGUUCUACAACAAAACCACUGAAGAGGCAGCACACAAAAUCAUCCUCGAGUACAAGCAAGACCUCCGUUCACAGAUCAGCUCCCAUUUGCCGUCACGAACAAUAGAGAAGUCCGUCGGCGAGGACUACAUCUUUGGUCGAGGGAAGGGAUCGGACGUACUUCUAAACGACGAACGUAUGUCUAGAACAUACGCAGCCAUUACAACUAAACCUGGAGGCGACGAAGGCGUGAGAUUCAUCUUGAAGAACUGUACAAAGAAUAAGUCUGUCAUCCUGGAGCUCUACCAGAAGAAACCGAUGACCCUGAAGCCUGGGAUGGAGGCAGAACUGAGAGACAGAAGCAGCAUCAAACUGAUGGAUGUGGAGUUUAGAGUAAUGGUUAAUUACGGUUGUGUUGAUACAACAAAUGUGGAACUGGAGGUGAAGUGUUGUGAGGGAUCGAGUGACCCAUCUCGUGUCCAGCCUAGAUCAAUGGCGUGGCCCUGCGAACAAUGUCCACAGAACAUGUGUCAGAGAGGUGUGGAUUGUUCUGACGACCGGAGACCGCAGUUAUACCCCAACCCAACGACGGCUGUGCGUCUUGAUGCUCCUACCUCACCAGUGACGACAGAUGACGACGCUGGCGGACUCCAUGAACGUCACGGACAUGGAAUCAGCAACGACCCUUUACUGAACGCUUUGUCAUGGGAACAGUUUCCGAGGGGACCAGCUUUAGGAUCUCUAAAUGGAUGCCAAUCUCUCUACAAUUCCGGUUUUCCUGCCAUGCGACUUCAGAGCCCUGGAACCCGUGACCCAGCUGUUUCAACGUCCACAGACAGAACCCCGACAGAACACGAAGAGGGAGACAACUGAGUGUGACUGACUUUACCCAACCUGUAAAAAAAUCAUGUCCGUUCAUAUCCGGUGUGCCAGUUUAAUGUUGGGGAAGUGGUAUGGGCCGUGGAUAUCUACCUCUGCAAAACCCAUAAGCACAGAACGUUCUCACAGACCAAUGAUCUGGAACUAAGAUAAGCAGAAAAGAGAUAGGGAUCCCAGAACGAAAAGUUGUGUACAAAAUGGCAUUGUAGCAUCAUGCUACAGUCACACACCACUGUGUCGAAGUUGAAUUGACCUACCAGAAUACUCCGAGUUAUCCGCGGUUAGCAACAACCGCAAAGAAUAACUGAAUAACUUUUACUUCUAGACAACAGUACUUUCGACACCUCGAAGUUCCAUGGUGUUUGAAUGACAUUGUAUAAUACCUAUACACACUAUGGAAUAAGGCAAGGUAAAGAAAAUUUCCUAUUCGACCAUUAGUGAGUUAUUUGGUGAAGGCGCCAUUUCAUAACUGGUAAACAGUUUAUUUGAAAACAGAAUUCAACAACUAAAAUUUUUAAUAGGAAG